ACAAUCACCUCCAGCAUCCCCACUCAUCUAUCCUAUACCAAAAUAUCAUCACCAUCAUCACCACAACCACAAACCCCAAAAUGCCACCGCCACCACCACCCUCCACAAAAACCUUCACCCACUCCCCGACCCUAGACCCGUACACCCUCCCCCUCCCAACCUUCCUCACCACCCCACACCACCCCCACCCCCACACCCUCACCCGAACCACGCACAUCGUAACCGGCGCCUUAAUCUUCGCCCCGAACCGUUCACCACCACCACCACCACCAUCAACAACAACAACAACAACAACAACAAUACUCCCCACUCAACCCCCCGAAAAACAACGCAUCCUCCUCCUCCGCCGCGCCCCAACCGACUCCUACCCGGGCCGGUGGGAAGCCCCCGGCGGCUCCUGCGACGCCACCGACGGCUCCGUCCUCGCCGGCGCGGCCCGCGAGGUGUACGAGGAGACGGGGCUGCGGGUCUCACGGUUCCGGGCGCUGGUCGGGGUGGAUGCGUGGGAGGUGGUGCGGGCGGAUGGGGUCCGGAAGGUGGUCAAGUUUACGUUUCUGGUGGAGGUGGAGCCUCCCUCCGGUCAUGGUGAUGGUGGCGGACGGGGCGGAGGGAUCAGGCUCGAGCCCGCCGAGCAUGAUGCGUUUGUGUGGGCGACGGAGGAGGAGGUGCGGGCCGGG